UUCCACCAAAGAUCUCCAAUAUCUCCUCGGACAUCACCGUGAAUGAGGGCAGUAAUGUGACCCUGGUUUGCAUGGCAAAUGGUCGUCCUGAGCCUGUCAUCACCUGGAGGCACCUCACCCCAACAGGCAGAGAGUUUGAAGGUGAGGAGGAGUAUCUGGAGAUCCUAGGGAUCACACGAGAGCAGUCGGGCAAGUAUGAAUGCAAAGCUGCCAACGAGGUUGCCUCAGCAGACGUCAAGCAAGUCCGGGUCACUGUGAACUACCCUCCCACCAUCACAGAGUCCAAGAGCAAUGAAGCGGCCACAGGACGACAAGCCUUACUCCGGUGCGAGGCAUCAGCAGUGCCCACACCUGAUUUCGAGUGGUACAGAGAUGAUACCAGGAUAAACAGCGCCAAUGGUCUGGAGAUAAAGAGCACGGGGAGCCAGUCUCUGCUGAUGGUGGCCAACGUCACUGAGGAACACUAUGGAAACUACACCUGUGUGGCUGCCAACAAGCUGGGAGUCACAAAUGCCAGCCUAUACCUUUACAAACGAGUUUUACCCACACUCCCCAAUCCUUUUCCAGGUCUGGACAGUCUUCAGUGUGGUUCAAUUCAUCUGCAGACCUACUCCUAA